GUCAAGUGAAGUGACGGUUCCGUAUUCAUCACUGUACUUCAGUCUUUAACAAGUGCUACAGAGGAUGCCUGGGUUCUCUAAAGACACCAUGAAAACUACUCCUUGCACACUUAUCUUCCUCUUUUCUCUACCAUGGAGUCUAAAUGGCCAUUUAACAACCAGCCAAAAGAAUAUCACAGUAACAAACAAAGUAGAAAAUGCAUUAGAGGCAAGGAACUACACUAUUGAUUCUGAAACAAAAAACGUGGUUUCAUUUUCAAGCAGCGUUCAGACGCAAUACCUCACAAGUCAUUCAGAGAAGCAAGGUAUCAGGCUAAGGUCGCCCAAUGGUGAAGAUGAGACAUUAAGGACAAAGAGGAGUGUGCUUGAUGACAACUUGACUACUACGUCGACACACCCUGAAAUGCAAACGCAGGACACAGUAUCUCAACAAAAGGAACUACUAAAACCAACAGAAAGUUCACACAGACCACAUAAUACAUCAUCUUUCCAGACAGAGAAUACUACAGAAGACACUGCAAAACCACCCAAUGCCAUAACGGCAGAUGUUGUUACGCCAGAGGGAAAGACAAGCAGUGGACCUUUUGAGACACAGAAAGGGACUCAGGAAACAUCUUCAACUUCUGACACAGUCAUGGAUCGCAACAACACCCUUUCAAAUACAGAUCUUCAAACAAUCCAUCCCACAGUGAACAGUACACACCAACCAAGCACAAUGACUCAUGCCCACACUUCCGCAAUAGCAACUGGGGCAGAUUUCAGUGGGAUUGUAAACACCAGUGUGAAAACCACAGAGUGGACUGAAGUCACAAACAAGUCGACAAGCACUCAAGCACCUGAGCUUGAGAUUACAGCUACAGCUACGACUAAGCCAACAAAGACACUGAUGACCACUAAAAAGACCACCACUAAGAAAAGUCCACCUCCAUCAAAAGACAAGCAGAAAGGGAACCCAGGUCCAGCUGUGGCAGCUGUGAUCGGCACCACGUUUUUCUUGAUGUUUAUAGCGAUAAUCCUUAUCUUGGUCAGGAAACGCAAAAUACAAAGAAAGCAGCUUGAAAAUCCCGAGUGGGCCGGACCCUCGCCGUUUCUGGAUGGCGACGUUCAACCGAACCUACCUACGGAUGAACACGAGACUAUCACUAGACAAGGCUUCAACCAGAUGUCCAUUUCCAGAUACCUCUCCCAACGACUGUCAAAACACCUCACAUUCGGGAGGAACACGAAUGAGGAAGUCCUCAUGGGAGACAUCCUUCAAGGAAGCACGUUUGGCCAUCAAAAUCCAGAUGAGGUCCAAGCCCCCAACGGAAACCCGACUGCUGCUCAAGACUCAGGGGUAAACAAAAUCCAGGAAGGUCAAGCAUCUGUGGACUCAUCGGACACCAAAACACCUGUGUCAGAAAAUGCACAAGAACCUGUGAUGGAGAGCAAAGAAUCAAAGGAGCCUGAUAAUGUCACUUCAUCAAUGUCUCCUGGUCCGAAUACUGUAAUUAAACCUCUUCCACCUUUAGUGUCUAUAGAUCUUGAUUCGCUUUCAGAAGAAGCAGCUCCUUUGCAAACAUCAGAUGGUGGGAUUGUUCCACCUGCUCCACCACUGCCCUAAUCUCUUGGGACUAUCCAUGAACUACCAAAGAAGACAACCUAAAUCCUUAUAUUUGCUAUCCAAAAGCCAAACAAAUUAUGUAAACAAGACUGCAUGCAACCUUGACAUAACGAAACUGAAAGUUUAGGAUAUAUCCAGGGAUGCACAUACGUUUUUUUUAGCCUGGUUGUUGUAAGACUGGAGAUUUGGUUUGGUCCUCACACUAUACAUAGUGUGACCCGUUAAAUAUAACUCUAAAAAUAAAAUGAUAAACAAAAUAAAAAAGUGUGGUACUACUAUUAUAUUUUAAAACAAAAUGCGAGUAUUAAUAAAAAUAAAAUUAUUUUAAAGUAAAAUUAUAAUAUUUACUUUUUACACGAAUUUUCAUCAUUUUCAAACCUAAAAUUAGCAAGGUUUUAUUUUGGCGGAUUGCCGGCAAGCGGGUAGAUGUGCUGCAGCCUUUAGUGCAGCCGACUGUACAGCGUCAGUGACUCUGGACUGGACACUGGACCACAAAACCAGUCAUAAGGGUCAAUUUUUUAAAAUUGAGAUUUGCACAUCAUUGAAAGCUGAAUAAAUAAGCUUUCCAUUGAUUUAUGGUUUGUUAGGAUAUUACAAUAUUUGGCUGAGUUACAACUGUUUGAAAAUCUGGAAUCUGGGUGCAAAAAAAUAAAAAUACUGAGAAAAUCGCCUUUAAAGAUGUCCAAAUUAUGUUCUUAGCAAUGCAUAUUACUACUCAAAAAUUAAGUUGAUACAUUUUCAGUAGGAAAUUUACAAAAUAUCUUCAUGAAACAUGAUCUUAAUAUCCAAAUGAUUUUUGGCAUAAAAGAAAAAUCGAUAAUUUUGACCCAUACAACGUAUUGUUGGCUAUUGCUACAAAUAUACCUGUGCUACUUAAGACUGGUUUUGUGGUCCAGGGUCACAUUUUUGCAUUGGCCUUUGAAAAACGGCAGCAAAUAGCCUAGCAUUAUGCUUUCAGUUUGAAUAGAAAUCUUACACAGUAUUACAGUUUGUUGAUCUAAAAUGAUAAUAACAGCGCAUUUCUCAUUUUGGUCGCGCAUGUGGACUUGCGUGCACCCCUGGAUAUAUCAAAGACGUGGGUUUUUUUUUUUUUUCUUCCAAUGAGCUUAAUUUUUGGCACAAUUGUCAAUUAUGAUUUGCUAUUUGCCAAUCAAGAAUCUCAAUCUAGAGAGAAUCUGAUUGGACAAUAAGCUGUGUAGUCCACAAUGAGUCUUGCUCAGAGCCGUCCAAUCCUGCUCCAGGAUUGCCGAUGUCCAGCAGAAUUUAGCUCCAACACACUUGACUGGAAGUUUCUACUGAGUCGAAAGACCUUGAUCAACUACUUCAGGUGUGUUUAAAUAGGGUUGAAGCCAAUUUUGCAGGAUAGUUUUGCAGGAGCGCUGUUCUUAGUCAAUUUUUCCAAAAGACGAACCUGUGCAUUUGAAAUCUGUAUAUCUGCUUAAGGUUAGUGUAAGUACCAGCACAUAACUGCUUCGAAGCUAAUAGCUAAUAACUAAUAGCAACAAAAAUCCAAUUCUGAUUUUGUCAUUUUAGCAGUUUAAACAGCAACAGCUACAAGCUAAUGUAUUAACAGCUUAGGCAUAAAACCACAGCAUGUCCAGUCUUUGUUCUUAUGCACUUAAAGGGAAGGACAAUUCCGUCAUUAAUUACUCACCCUCAUGUCGUUCCAAACCCGUAAGACCUUCGUUCAUCUUCAGAACACAAAUUAAGAUAUUUUUAAUGAUAUCCAAGAGCUUUCUGACUCAAGGGUCAAGGCCCAGAAAGGUACCAAAAACAUCGACAAAACAGUCAACGUGACAUCUGUCUACGAAGAGUCAGAAAUCUCUCGGAUUUCAUUAAAAAUAUCUUUGAGGGUAAGUAAUGACAGAUAUUUCAUCCCUUAAAGUGUGUACAUAACACUUCAACUUAAAAUAAUUAGUUACCCCACUGACUUAAAAUUUUUAGUUUAGUCAACUUGAAAUUUUAAGUUGCUUAAUGUUAAUUAAAGUGACAACUGGAAUAUUUUAGUUGACUGAACUAAAACAUUUUAAGUUAGCAGGGUAAACAACUUCUUGGUUUGUUUUUUUUACUGUGUAAGAAAAGGGAAUGUAUUCACAAUAACCAGAAUGUGAAUGAAUUAUUACAUUGCUAUAGUCACUGGGAGCAUGUCUGAGCUUCGAACUGAGAGGAACUGUCAGAUGAACAGACCCAAACGCAGCUCACUCUAAAAAUACAAAAUGUUGCAACCACAAGGUCUUGUGUCCUUCUUUGCUUCAGCUGUAAAAUACAAAGGGUAAGUGUUAGUUGCAGUACCGUACGUUAAUAUUUUUGCAUAUAAGCACCUUUAAAUCUUUAGGACCACGAUUGGGUUUAAUCAACAGUUAAUCUAAUCUCUAAUGCUCAUUAUUUAUUUGUAUAAGGUUGUUUUAUUUCACAAAUAAAAUUUGAAUGCCAGGAGCAGUGACGCACUCAGUG